AUGGCGGAGACAUUUGCCUUCAAUGCUGACAUCCAGCAGUUGAUGAGUCUGAUCAUUAAUACCUUCUACUCGAACAAGGAGAUCUUUUUGCGCGAGUUGAUCUCCAACGCCUCCGAUGCCUUGGACAAGAUCCGCUAUGAGUCCAUCACUGAUCCUGACAAGAUUGAGGCCCAGCCCAACUUCUUCAUCAAGAUCAUCCCCGACAAGACGAACUCCACCUUGACCAUCGAGGAUUCUGGCAUUGGCAUGACCAAGAACGAACUGAUCAACAACCUCGGCACCAUCGCAAAGUCAGGAACUAAGGCAUUCAUGGAAGCGAUGGCCGCGGGAGGUGACAUUAGCAUGAUUGGUCAGUUCGGUGUCGGCUUCUACAGCGCCUACCUGGUCUCCGACAAGGUUCGGGUCAUCAGCAAACACAACGAUGACGAACAGUACAUCUGGGAGAGUGGUGCUGGUGGGUCUUUCACCGUGCAGAAGGACACUGAGCUCGUCCACGGCGAGAUCAAGCGUGGCACCAAAAUCAUUUGCUAUCUCAAGGAGGAUCAGUCCGAGUUCCUUGAGGAGCGCCGCCUGAAGGAUUUGGUCAAGAAGCACUCAGAGUUCAUCGGCUUCCCCAUCGAGCUCUACGUGGAGAAGAGCAAAGAGAAGGAAGUCACUGACAGUGAAGAUGAGGGAGAGGCUGAAGAGAAAAAGGAAGAAGGUGAUGAGCCAAAGAUCGAGGAGGUCGACGAGGAGAAAGAGAAGGAAGAGAAGAAGAAAAAAACAAAGAAAGUCAAAGAGGUGUCCCACGAAUGGGAACAGCUCAACAAGAACAAACCUCUGUGGAUGCGCAAGUCUGAGGAUGUGACAAAUGAAGAGUACGCGAGCUUCUACAAGUCAUUGUCCAACGACUGGGAGGAUCACCUCGCGGUGAAGCAUUUCAGCGUUGAGGGUCAGCUUGAGUUCCGUGCCCUGCUUUUUGUCCCUCGCAGGGCGCCCUUUGAUCUCUUCGAGACCAAGAAGAAGAGGAACAACAUCAAGCUAUAUGUCCGCCGCGUCUUCAUCAUGGAUGACUGCGAGGAGCUCAUGCCAGAAUGGCUGAACUUUGUGAAGGGCGUCGUGGAUUCUGAGGAUCUUCCUCUGAACAUCUCUCGCGAGACUUUGCAACAGAACAAGAUCUUGCGAGUGAUCAAGAAGAACCUUGUCAAGAAGUGCCUGGAGAUGUUCGCGGAGAUUGCAGAGAAGAAGGAUGAUUACAAGAAGUUCUACGAGGCAUUCGGCAAGUGCUUGAAGCUCGGGGUGCAUGAAGACUCCACCAACCGCACCAAGAUUGCAGAGCUCCUGCGCUUCCACACCUCCAAGUCUGGUGAUGAGCAGAUCAGCCUCAAGGAGUACGUGGAUCGCAUGAAGGAAGGACAGAACGACAUCUUCUACAUCACCGGCGAGAGUGUUGCCGCCGUCUCUUCCUCGCCAUUCUUGGAGACCCUCCGCAAGAAGGGCAUCGAGGUUCUGUACAUGGUUGACCCCAUCGAUGAGUACGCAACGCAGCAGCUGAAGGAGUUCGAUGGCAAGAAGCUCAAGAGCACCACCAAGGAGGGUCUUGACAUCGAUGAUGAGGAUGAGAAGAAGAAGAUUGAGGAGCUGAAAGCUGAGUUUGAGCCACUCACUAAGCUCAUGAAGGAGGUCCUUGGCGACAAGGUGGAGAAGGUCCUUGUGAGCUCCCGCAUGGCAGACUCUCCAUGUGUCUUGACCACCUCCGAGUACGGCUGGUCUGCCAACAUGGAGCGCAUCAUGAAAGCGCAAGCCCUUCGCGACAACUCCAUGACUUCUUACAUGGUUUCCAAGAAGACCAUGGAAGUGAACCCAAAGCACUCCAUCAUGGUUGAGCUCAAGAAGAAGGCAGCCGCAGACAAGUCGGACAAGACCGUGAAAGAUUUGAUCUGGUUGCUCUUUGACACUUCGCUUCUCACUUCUGGUUUCAACUUGGACGAACCAACCCAAUUCGCUGGCCGCAUCCAUCGCAUGAUCAAGCUUGGCUUGAGCAUUGAUGAUGAUGAUGAGGGACUUGGAGAUGACGACGACUUGCCUCCACUUGAGGAAGUGGAAGGAGCUGCUGAUGAGGCCUCCAAGAUGGAAGAGGUCGAUUAGAUGCAGCCUCAGUCGCCAGGUAGGAAUUCGCACUAGGCUUUAGGCAUUUUGCGACCAUUGAUUUGGUCGAUGUCUACUAGACAGCAGAAACCAGCACAUACCUUUUGUCCACAGGG